AUGGCUUACGGCAUGGAGAUUAUAUCGUGGUGUAUCAAGACAAUCAAAACCAGGAUUACGUAUGCAGUGCUGUUCCAUGUCAUUGAGGCUAGGAAACUUACAGCUCAAGAUAUAUACACUAAUUAUGAAGCUCAUGCUUCGUAUGCUGAUUAUGCAAGGAAUGCUGUCAAUGACUACUUUCUUAACUAUUCUGAGGUAAAUAAAUCCAGUUACUUUCCAGAAAAUGUCCCCAUAAUGGACGAUGUGAGCAUGCCUUUCAUUUAUGAUACCACCUUCUCAAAUGACUCACCACUUGAUUUUUUGGGCGGAACAAUGAGCAACUACUCAAGGGCUGAACCACCCGCCAGCUUUGGAUCUAUUGAGAACCUGUCCAUUGAUGAUUUCUAUUAAUCUUGUGGUGGUGUUGAUGUAUGAAAUAGUAAUCUCUAAAACUAUUAGAGAGCAUGUAAUUUACAUAAUUUUAUUACCAUGUAUGUAUAUAAAAAGUACCGGAUGGCAAACGUGGUGAACUUCACGUUAAUGUUGUCUAGACCUGGACAGAUAAGAACUGCUAGUUAU